AUGGAAAAUAAAUCAAAUGUUUCCCAAGCUCUACAAUCGACAAUUGCAGGAGGUGUGGCGGGAGGCGCCGAGUCGCUUAUAACUUAUCCAACAGAAUACGUCAAGACGCGCAGACAGCUCCUACACGCAGGAGCGCCAGAAUCCUCGUUGAGGAUUCUGACCACAGCUAUUCGUACUCAUGACUUUGGAACCGUGUACACUGGAGCCGGCGCUUUUUGCAUCUCCAACUCACUAAAAUCCGGUGUACGGUUCUUGACUUUCGAUACGGUUCGAGAUAGAUUGCCCAAACACGCAGAAACAGGAAAGCCAACCGCAAUUUCCACAAUGAUGGCUGGUGUAGCCGCCGGUGUUGCAGAGAGUAUUACUGUUGUCACGCCCGGGGAGAAUAUAAAGACCAAAAUGAUCCAAGAGCGUGCCCGGUAUAAUGAUACAUCGGCCGGUAGGGUGAUUCGGGAGAUUCUUCGUACAAAUGGCCUGCAAGGCCUAUAUCGUGGAGUGUCACCAGUCAUGAUGAAACAAGGGGCAAACGCAUUCACAAGAUUUACAAGCUAUAGCGCUAUACUCGACAUGAUUCGUCCGUAUACUCAACGGGCAGGAGUGGAAGCUUCGGCGCCAGCGAUCGCGGGCGCAGCAGCUGGCAUAGUCACAGUAUACUGCACCAUGCCGUUUGAUGUGCUCAAGACGAGAAUGCAAUCUCAGGCCGGCGCUGCUAGUCCUCAGAGCCUGGCUCAGAGUUUUGUAAUGGUGGUCAACGAACAAGGCAUUGCAGGCUUAUGGCGAGGCUCGACUCCAAGGCUGCUCAGACUCAGUGUAAGUUUGAUUCCUCCGAUCCCAGCAGCCGCGUACGCAUACUGA